AUGAGUGACAGUAUUUCUAUUAGACGACGACAACGUCCAUCAGUGACUUCUUCAAAUAUUAGUGGUUUUUCUAUACCAACAAGUAAUCAUACUAGUUUUAAUCGUAGUCGUCGUUCAUCAUGGUCUGAUUCAAAAAAAGUUUGGAAUGCUUCUGAUGAAACAGAAAAUUAUUCUGAUUCACGUACAUUAAUAUUAAAAAAAUUAGAUGGUUAUUAUCGUAAAGUAAAACGUCAAAUUCUUGCUUUUCAAAGUUUAACAACUGGUCUUUUUCCAAAUCAUCUUGAAUCAAAUAAAAAUAUUGCACAUGUUGUUGAAAAUGUUUUUUGUUCCAUUGCAGUAUGGGCAUUACGACAAUGUUAUUGUAAAAUCGAUAAUGAUCAAGGACGAUCACAUGAAUUAGGACAAGCAGCUGUUAAAUGUAUGCGUGGAAUUCUUAAUUGUUGGAUGAAACAAGCAAAAAAAGUUGAAAUAUUUAAAAGUGAACAAUCAACAUAUGAUGCUUUACAUUCAAAAUUUAAUGUAUUUGAUGGUAGUGAAGUUGAAGAUGCUGAUGAAGUUGGUCAAUUACAAAUAUGUGCUAUUUCAAUUUAUUUACUUACACUUGUACAAAUGAUUACAUCAAAUCUUUUAAUUAUUUUUUCUAUGGAUGAAGUUGAUUUUGUUCAACAACUUGUUUUUUCAAUUGAACGUGCUUAUCGUACACCUGAUUAUGGUAUAUGGGAACGAGGAAGUAAAUAUAAUACAAAUACAUGUGAACUUCAUGCUAGUUCAAUUGGUAUGGCAAAAGCAGCACUUGAAGCGAUGAAUGGUUUUAAUUUAUAUGGUGAUCAAGGAGCUAAUUGGUCUGUAGUUUAUGUUGAUGCGGAUGCUCAUAAUCGAAAUCGAACAACAUUUGAUACACUUUUACCACGUGAAUCAGCAUCAAAAAAUACUGAUGCUGCUUUAUUAUUAACAGUUGGUUGGCCAACAUUUGCUAUACAUAAUGAAACACUUGUAGGUAGUACAGUAAGAAAAUGUAUAAGAAAAUUACGUGGUACACAUGGUUUUAAACGAUUUUUACGUGAUGGUCAAUAUACAGAUUUAGAAUCGAGAGAUGAAAGAUUUUAUAAAGAACCUGAAAUUAAAAAAUUUGAUAAAAAUGAAUGUGAAUGGCCUAUGUUUUUUGCAGUAAUGGUAAUCGAUGGUAUUUUCAAAAAUAAUCAAACUCAAGUUGAUGAAUAUUUACAUGCAUUAAAUCCUCUUUUACGACGUACAACUGAAGUACAUUGCCGCACGAAUUCAUCUACAACUAAUGCUGAAUGCGAAUCAUUAAAAUCACGUGAUAUGAUGGCUCAUUAUUAUUAUAUUGAUCAUGCAAAACAACAAAGUAGUGCAGAAAGUGAAUCUAGUGAUCGUAGCACUAUUCAACAAACUUCAUUUGCUUGUAGUACAGAAAUUCUUCAAGGAAAUUUUUUUCUUUUUGGUCAAGCUGUUUGGAUUAUAUGUCAAUUACUUGUUGAUAAACUUUUAACAGUUAGUGAUCUUGAUCCUAUUCGACGUUAUUUACCUCCAUGUGAUCGACCAAAACGAAACUCAAGAUAUUCAUCUAUACAAGAUGCAUCACGUUAUCAAUAUUCACCAAAUGCAUAUAAAUUAAUGCCACAUCAACUAGUUGAUAAAAAUAAACCAAUAAAUAGAUCAAUAUUAUCAAAUAUAACUUUUUCGGAUCUUGUCAUUCAUGUUGUUCCUAUAUCAGAAUCAGUUCGUUUACAACAAGUAUUAGCAACAUAUGGUAUUCAAACUCAAACACCAAAACAAAUUGAACCAAUUUUAAUAUGGCCACCAGCAGAAUUAGUUAAAUUAUAUGGACACUUAGGUGCUAAUGAAAAAUUUGGUUUUAGUGGACGUCCUAUGCGACCAAUUGGUGUACUUGGUACAUGUAAAGUCUAUCAAAUUGCUUCAAAAACAAUCAUAUGUUAUCCAUUAACAUUUGAAACAACAGACUUUUAUAUGUCAAGUGAUAUGAAUUUAUUAUUAGAUAAUAUUCGAAGUGAUUUGGAAUUUAUUACGAGAUGUUGGCGUCUUAAAGGUCGACCAAUUUAUUUAAUAAUGUUACGUGAACAACAUCUUCGAGGACCACAAAAAUCAGAUCUCUUGGAAUUAUUAACUCAAAUUCGUGUUGGCAAACUUUCGUCAACUAUAUGUGUACGACUUGAACGUUUACAAACAGCUAUAUCAAGUGCUUGUAUAGAACAUCUUGAUUUUUUAAAUAAUACAACAUGUUCAACUAUUGAUUGGAAAUCAGUUGCUGUAACUGAAUAUAGAAAUGUACAUGAGAUUGGUCAUUAUAAAUCUUUAACAGAUAUAACAAAAACAGUUAUUGUCAAUGAUGAUAUUGAUUAUAUUAAUCAUGAAUUUAAAGAUCAACAUGAAAUAGACUUACGUGAUUUUAUCUGUAAUACAGAUGUAGCAAUCGGAUCUUUAAAAAAACAUACAUUAGCUACAUAUGAAUUAUAUCGACGUGGUGGUCUUGAUUGGAUGAUUCGAGAAAAUUAUCGUGUGAAAAAUCAUCUACAAUUUUUAAUGAAAGAAGCAAGCACAUGUCAAAAUUGGGCUGUUAUUCGUUUUGUAUCGAGUCUUUUACAUAAAAUGGUUGAUAGUUUAGCUCCAUCUGUUACUAAUUUACUUGUCCGAGGAAAAAUAGUAACUAUUGGAAUUUUUGGUUAUGAAGAAUCCGUUGUUGAUAAACCAAUGCGUCCAAAUGAAAUUUUUAAGAUAUUAUAUAGUGACAAAGUAUUUGGGCAUAGUAUAUUUCAUGCUGUUCUUUUACAAGAAUUACUUCUUAAUAUUUCAGUAUUUAUGAAUACAUUUCCACAACUUUUUAAUGGUAUUCUUAAAAUACGACUUGGAUGGGUACUUGAAGCAAUGAAACUUGGAUUAGAAUUUUUUAGAGCUGAUGCUGACGAGACUGUUACAUUAAAUACAAUAUCACCAAAUGAUAUCAAACAAUUACUUUAUUAUGUUUUAACAACCAAUGUACAACAAUCAACAUUACAAGGUGCUGAUAUAGAACCAAGAUCAUCACUUCAAAAACGACAAAUGGAUGGUGCUUUAUCACGUGUACCAACGAAUUUUUAUGAACAUGUUUGGUCUAUACUUGAACGAACACCAAAAGGAAUUAAAUUAUGCAAUAUUUUACUUCCACAACAACCAACAUUAUCUGAUAUGACUGAUUAUGAAUUAAAUUUUUCAUUAAAAAUUGAAGAAAUGCUUAGUCGAGUAUUUGAUCCAGCUUAUCGUUGUCUUGUUGUAGAAAUGUUUGAAGCAAUAAAUGUUUUACUUCAACGUAAUCCAGAAUUAUGUUUUAUUCAACCACUUGAUGUUGAUUAUUUAAUAAAUGAAGCAGUAAAAUUAUUUCAACAACAAAAUAAUUCUGUUGAUCCUUAUAAAGAUUUUUAUAAUCUUCCAAUUAGUCUUGUUGGUGGUUCAACUGGUUAUAUGAUUCAAGUUAUAAUUAAUUAUUUAUUUAAUGUUCAUAUUCAAAAAUCAGAUUUUGCUGAUAUAAAUGCUGGUGUAAACAUUAAUAUAUGCAAGAUUUCAUGA